AAAAUAAAAGGAAAAAAUCUGACUCCAGCGCGGAGAUUUGGAGCAUCUACCUGUAGGUAGAGAAGUUAUUUGGAAAGACUUGUGGUGAAGCCGUGUAGUCACAAUGAAAGACCGUACACAGGAACUUAAGGCUGGCAAGGAGGCUGAGGAGGAGGACGAGGUGGCCGUCGCCAUGGACAAGGACAGAUUCAUGGACGAUUUCUUUGUGCAGGUGGAGGAGAUCCGAGGCUUCAUCGAGGAGCUGUCAGAGAAGGUGGAGGAGGUGAAGAGGAACCACAGCGCCAUCCUAGCCGCCCCCAACCCUGAUGAAAAAACCAAGGCCGAACUGGAGCAGCUAAUGACCGACAUCAAGAAGUUUGCCAACAAAGUGCGCUCCAAGUUAAAGAGUAUUGAACAGUCAAUUGAACAUGAGGAAGGGUUGAACAGGUCAUCUGCAGACUUGAGGAUACGGAAGACACAGCAUUCCACAUUGUCUCGCAAGUUUGUGGAGGUGAUGUCAGAGUACAAUGCCACGCAGUCCGACUACCGGGAGCGCUGCAAGGGCCGCAUUCAGAGACAACUGGAGAUCACUGGCAGAAACACGACCAAUGAGGAGUUGGAGAGCAUGCUGGAGAGCGACAACCCUGCCAUCUUCACAUCGGGGAUCAUCAUGGAUUCCAACAUCACCCAGCAGGCCAUGAACGAGAUCGAGACGAGGCACACGGAGAUCAUUAAGCUGGAGAAAGGCAUCAGAGAGCUCCACGACAUGUUCAUGGACAUGGCCAUGCUGGUGGAGAGCCAGGGAGAGAUGAUAGACCGUAUAGAGUACAACGUGGAGCACUCCGUGGACUACGUGGAGCGGGCCGUAUCUGACACGAAGAAAGCAGUGAAGUACCAGAGUAAAGCCAGGAGGGGUUGUUGUGAUGUUCCUAACAUUCAGCUGACCUGUUUCUUCUUCUGUUCCCCAUGCUGCCCGCGUGGACAUGCUGUCGUAUACCGUGCUUAUUUCUUGGCUUUUAUCUGAAUCGUAAUCCGAUCAUGUAGAAGAAAAUCAUGAUCAUCAUUUGUUGUGUGGUGCUUUGUAUUAUUAUUGCUGCUAGUGUUGGUGGUAGUUUAGCAUAGAACACAAAGUUACACACUCACACACACACACAGUUACAUUAUGUGGACACGAUUGCCAUCGCACUCAAUUACACGCACAAACGCACAAAUCCAGACACUCACCUAAUUAAACACACACAAACAAUAAUACACUAUUGCACACACACACCACAGUGUAUGGGCGUGUACUUAUGCAUGAGCAUCUUUUGUAAAUACGUGGUUUCAAAUGUGUUACUGUGAGUUGGAUGUUGAAUACUUUAAAAUGAUGUUUUAAAUGUAUUUGUGGUUUGAUUGUAACAGGAAUGGGGACAUUAGUGAUUUUGACAACAGUACUGUAACUCUCACAUUCCAAUUGAAAAUUACGCUUAAUAUCUUUCUUUUUGUAUGUCCAAAUAAAUGGCCACUUUUGACGAA